AUGAAUGUUCUAUUAUGUUACAUCAACAUGUUAAACAGAUUAUAUGAUAUAUCUGCUGUGGAAGUAGGUCAACAUUUCUAUUGGAAAAUAGGGGAUUUUCAAGUGCAUGCUCAAGUACUUAUUACCUCUUGGGUUGUAAUUGCUAUCUUAUUAAUUUCAACCAUUCUAGUUGUUAGAAAUCCACAAAUUAUUCCCACGUCUGGUCAGAAUUUCUUUGAAUAUGUCCUUGAAUUCAUUCGAGACGUGAGCAAAACUCAGAUUGGAGAAGAAUAUGGUCCAUGGGUUCCGUUUAUUGGAACUCUGUUUCUAUUUAUUUUUGUUUCGAAUUGGUCAGGGACACUUUUGCCUUGGAAAAUUAUAAAGUUACCUCAUGGAGAGUUAGCUGCAGCCACAAAUGAUAUAAAUACUACUGUUGCAUUAGCUUUACUUACGUCAGUAGCCUAUUUCUAUGCGGGUAUUUCAAAAAAAGGAUUGGCCUAUUUUGGUAAAUACAUCCAACCAACGCCAAUCCUUUUACCCUCGUUUGAAUAG